AUGGUUGGAACUUCACCCUGUGCUUCCUGCAAGUUGCUGAGACGCAGAUGCGCCAAGGAUUGCAUUUUUGCUCCUUACUUUCCAGCUGAUGACCCCCACAAGUUUGCCAUUGUUCACAAGGUCUUUGGUGCUAGCAAUGAGCUUCCAGUUCAUCAGAGAGCAGAUGCAGUGAGCAGCUUAGUGUAUGAAGCCAAUGCAAGAAUGAGAGACCCAGUUUAUGGGUGUGUUGGGGCCAUAUCUUACCUGCAAAACCAGGUCUCUGAGCUACAAAUGCAACUUGCUGUGGCUCAAGCAGAGAUUCUCUGCAUUCAGAUGCAGCAUGAGCCUACGGUUCCUACCCCACAGCAGAUAUCAGACUCAGAUGAGAAAUCAUAUUUUCUCCCCAACAAUUUCCCUCAGUAUCUAAAUUUUCCCUCCUCUUCCAGCAAUGUAAUCCAUGACUCUCUCAAGAGGGAGAGCAUUUUUGGACAUGACAUGGUUUCUUAA